CAGCGUGACAGAGCAAUAGCUCCAACGUUUCAAGAGACGUGACUUUCACUGUCAGACACGAUCUUCGCCGCUGCCAUGAUAUAAAAGCGAGUUCAAUCCAUAUUUGUUUCCCCCACCCACCUGCCGUUACGUCUGCCCGCACCUUUGCCAUGGCUCCCACAACCCCACGACCGUAUCGGGACUUCAUGAUGCCCGCCCUGCAUAGGCGGUUCGUCCGAGCCGCCUUCUGUACGGUAUUACUCUGCUAUGGUAUCGCAAUUCUUAUGACCGGCUGGCAUAGUAUCUUCUGGACGUUGUUCCCAAUCAGCUUCACGGGCAUCAGGACAUUUCUCCUCCUCAUUCCCGCUAUAGUGGUCUAUCUGAUGCGAGUGGCGCAUAUGCAUAUCGGACGGCGGAAUACUCAGACUCCUAUGGAUACUUUCUGGACGCAUGUCUUAUCACGGCGAACCGUAGGCACACUUGUUGCGUAUCUCCUGUCGGCCGCUUUCUUUGCGGAAGUGUGCAUCUGGACAAAAGCUGGGUCGGCUGGGCUGGGCAUCACAGAGCAAGGGAAGCUGUACGAAAGGAGCAGGUUGAAUGAGAGACCGAUCUUCCUGCGGUUCCUCUUCUGGACCUUGGCUUUCGGUCAGACAAUCCGUCAUGUGUGGGCGGACUACGAUCAGAUUCGGCCGUCUCUGGGAGCGUCCGCUCAGCUGGAACCGGAAAUCCAGGUUUUCCAGAGAAUGGUGAAGCUUGCGCCCACGGCUGGUAUAACUUUAGUAUGGACCUUCUUCGUUGGCAUGUUCGUCUACUUCCUGGGAUUCCGCCAAUUGCUGUGGGAGCCAUACUACUCUGUUAUGAAGAAUUUCGUCUCUGUUGGAAAGACCUCACGACCCUCAGGCCUGAAUCCAUUGAUCACCAUUGUCUCCGUCUUCUUCCUCCAGGGGUUGCUCCUUCUCCUUCUCUGGGAGUUCACCAACGCGACCAUAGACGUGUUCAUGGCGCUAAAACCUCUGAAGAAAGGAAGACCAAUAACAGCCGACUCAAGCGACCCCAACGGAAGUCUUCUCAACGGUCUUAAGUCUCGAAAAGAGGACAACAGGACUUCGGCAUUCUGGGAGCUGGCCCUGAUCACUGAACGUUUUGACGACCGCCGUAAAACCAUAUACCGAGAGCAUGACCGCAGGAAAGCGCCUACGUGGACGCAAAUCACCACGGUCUGCCUUUCCGAGAUCCGCGAAAUUAUUCACCGUAUCCGGAGAGCCACAGACCCUAACUGGCAGCCUGAAGGGGAGACGAAGCAGUCCUCUCCCGCGGCUCCGAUCCAGCUGGUACCCCGAAUAGUCCAACCCCUGAAGGAAGGCAACAUCGCCGGACCCGCAGAACCAGCAGUCACCCGCCUCCAGAAGUUCGAGAAUAUAGCCAGUGAUAUUGUGCGGAAGCAAAGCUCGCCGCAAAAUGUCCAAGAUUCGUAUGCUCGAGCUCUGGUAAAAAAAGGCGAAGAGAAGGGUCGUGAGGGGGUCACCGAAGCGCUAUCUACAUGGGAGCAAUGGAAGAAGGGGCUCGCGCGCACGCCUCUGGGUUGGCUGUUUCGCCCCAGCUUCAAGCGCACGGCAAAUAUGGUUGUGCUUGGCGCGCCGUAUUCGCGGCAGAUGAUGAUUCUGAAUGCGAUCACUAUUCUCGUCAAUCUCUCCGUGCAUUCUCUCAAAGAAGACGAUGGCGGUUGCUUCCAAUACGAGGUCCCCACCAUCAUCGGCGUCUUUACCUCCGCUAUCAAGUCGAUAGAGUCGUAUCUUCAGGGCCUGGAGAUCCACUGGUCGGACUUCGAGACGCUGGCGUUGCCGGAGGAGCGAAGGACAAAGGUGCCCGAGGUGGAGGAGGUGAGGAAUGCGUUGAAGACCGGGUUGGAGAAGAUUCUCAGGAGUUUUAAUGAGUAUCUUGAGAAUAUGGGAAUGUCGAGUAAGGAGAUUCAGGAAGCGAAACAGGUGGUGAGGAGGGAGGAGGAAGGGAAGAAGACGCAUGAGAGGGUACCGGAGAUGGUGGAGAAGCAGAAGAGGAGAAGAGACUAAGAUGCUCAGAAGGAGAUGGGGUGUUUCUGUUACGUGUAAAUUAUCUUGGGCGAGGUAUUCGGAAUGACAUUCAACUACUCUUCCA